CUCUUUAGACCGAACAAACUCUUAAAGACCCCCUCUUUCUCGAUUUACUUUUUAGCAACAGUAAGUUUCUUCUAAAAAUGCAGAUUCGUUGUGUUGUCAAAAGGCCAUUGCAGUCAUUGCAUUCGCCUUCGUGAUAAUACAGUACACUGAAGCAAGAUUAUUUCUGCUCAAAUUGGACACAAUCAUGUUUUUUCGUGAAAUCCGAGUUUUUGCUUGAAAAAUAUUCGAGAGGCAUCCAGCUGCAGCCCCGCAGCUAUUGAAAUAUUCUAUAGAACCGACUUAUAUUAUUGGUGUAUUUUACAAGUUUAAUGAAUGUGCCAUGCCGUUUGUGGAGUUCGUCGCAGGCUGGAUUUCAGGUGCUGUUGGUUUAGUUGUUGGCCACCCUUUGGACACCGUAAAGGUACGCUUGCAGACCCAGGCUGUGUAUAGAGGGAUAUUUGAUUGUGUGGCCAAAACAUACAAACAUGAAGGAUUUCGUGGAUUUUUUAAAGGCAUGUCAUUUCCUGUCGUCUCUGUAGCCAUUAGCAACGCCGUGACUUUUGGUUCAUACACUAAUGCACUGGAUUACCUUACUGGGUCGGGUCACAACAACUCUGACCAAAGCAAGCAGUCAUCACUCACUACUGUGUUCGUGGCCGGGUGUUUUUCAGGGAUAGCUCAGUUGUUUGUUUCAGCGCCAAUAGACCUGGUUAAAGUGCGCCUGCAGAACCAGACAAAGUCAGGUGGGAAUAAGUACAGAGGUCCCAUACAUUGUAUUGCUGUGAUUUUAAGAGAGGACGGGGUCAAAGGCCUUUUCAGAGGAAUUUGGGCUCUGGCCCUGCGGGACGUGCCUUGUCUUGGACUUUACUUCCUGCCAUAUGAGCUGAUCUGCAGGAUGCUGACUGAGAAAGGGAAGCAGCCAGGUAACACUGCUGUACUGUUGGCCGGUGGUGUUGCUGGAGUGGUCACAUGGGCCUGUGCCACCCCCAUGGACGUGGUGAAGGCUCGACUGCAGAUGUGUGGCGGUGGUGGUCGCAUGUACAGUGGUGUGCUGAACUGCAUUACUGUGAGUGUGCGUGAGGAGGGCAUGCGGGUCUUCUUCAAAGGCCUUCUUCUGAACAGCGUGAGAGCAUUCCCUGUGAACGCCGUGACCUUCCUCAGCUUUGAGAUGCUGCUGAGAGCCAUGACCAACUUACCUAAGGACUGAAGGACAGCUGCAGGAUGAUGGAUUUUUGUAGGCCAAAACCCAGAAACAAGUUUGCAAAUUAGCAUUUCCAUUGGUUCCAUCAUUCUUUUAAUGGAGCAUUGGUUAAAUGGCUGAAAUAAGGUCUAUGGUGAACACAAGCUCAAUAUAUCUUAAAGGGUUAGUUCACCCAAAAAUGAAAAUUAGCCCAUUAAUUACUCACCCUUUGUGGUGAACAACGGCCUCCUGUAGCCAAUCCAUGUGUUUAUGUAAGAAAAAUAUCUGUCCUAAAAACAUAAAAAUCACUUUAAUGUAGCUUGCAACAACAUGGAAGCAGCUCCGGGCGGAUGAGGUCGCCGUUGUGCAUGCGCCGGUGAGUCUCUUGAAAACUAACAUUUGUUUACAGGAGUAAAGGAAGCAAAGUUCCUUACUUUAGCAAAGGAAAACCAGUCUCCUUUUGGCCUAUAUUGAAAUCCUCCAACAUUCUUCUUUACAAAUCCUCGAUUUGUACUUCUAAUUCGUAACUGUUGUUUUGUUUUGAUCUCUCCGCUGCGCUUCCAUGUUCGUCACUUCAGAGCGGCGCAUGCACAAAGCCAACCUCAUAGGUCAUCUGCCCGCUGACUGCCAUUAAACAGCUUGGAAGAUCAAACUCUGGACUCGUCCAAAAAAAGAAAGUAGGUAACACUUUAUAAU